CCGUUCAGUUCAGACGCUAAGAAGAGACGGUCGUAUCGCUCGGCUCCCCACCGCUGACAUUUGUUUCACGGGAACGGAUCUUCAACAGCGAAGAUGUUGAGCAGCUCCUCUCCCCCUCAGCCGCUUCAAACAGGAGUGAGGAUGUGAUUGCGAUUCGUGGGUUAGGACGGCUUCCUAAAUUUUAGCGUUGAAUGAAACCAAUUUGCAGUUUUUUGCUUUCGAACUACACGCUUCUUGCUUCAAUGGAUUCGGAAGCAGCAGGGUCGGAUGUUUGGUAGAUUUAUGCUCUUUUGAUAAGCCCUAAGCAAGAAGAGGAGGUUGCACGUGUAUUUCUUUGAUUAACACCAAGGGUUCAACGAAAACGAUAAGUAUAUAUGGUUCAUUUCAGAUUCAGUAUCCGCAAAUGUUGGCCUAAUUUUUUUAAUCUGUGGCGUUCUAGCUUGAAUCCUUGACUUAAAUGGGAAAAUACAAACGAGAAGAGACAUUUUCUUUUCUUGUACAUGUGUGUGUGGGCAUGGCCUGUAGGUGUUUCAGGAAGAGAUGAUGGUUAAAGAAAGUGAAGCAGAAGAUAGUUACAAGAGAGGGAUAAUAGGAACAGACAUUGACUAAUACUGUGAAAUGCUCAAAAUUUUUGUUCACUAAGAAACGAACAAGAGCAUUUAUUCGUUUUCAUUAUUGCACUUCCUAAAGCAAUUGUUGAUAGUUCUUCAUUGGUUGCUCUUGGUUAAUAUUAUCAUUGAAAUGUUCUCAGUUAUUGAAGAUUGCCUUUUGCACAUCUAUUUUACAUUUUGAGAUGUCAUAAAUUUAUAUCUGCUACAUUUUCUAAAUGCAGGGCAGCAGAUUUCAUGCAGGAUUCACCCGAUUGUGCAAAGGCCUCGCUGUGGUUCUAGUUGGAGGAUAUGUUUUGCUCCAAAUCUUUCCUUCAAUUCUCCCUUAUGUAGUCCUUAUUCCCUCGAGGACAAUUCCAUUUGCAUGGAACCUUAUCACCGCUGGUUAUGUUGAGCAAUCAAUUUUAGGGGUGGCAAUCAGCACAGUUGGUCUUCUUUUAUUUGGGAGGUGGCUGGAGCCAUUGUGGGGUUCUAAGGAGUUCUUAAAGUUCAUCAUAGUGGUGAAUUUAUUAACUUCGAUUUGCGUCUUUGUAACUGCUAUUGCUCUGUACUAUAUUACAAGACAGGAAAGCUAUCUAUAUACAGCAUUUUCUGGCUUCCAUGGGGUCCUUUCAGGAUUUCUUGUAGGCUUGAAGCAAAUUCUACCAGAUCAGGAGCUCAGUCUUUUUAUUUUAAAGAUCAAAGCAAAGUGGAUGCCAACUCUCGUUGCAUUGAUCUCAGUUGCCACAAGCUUCUUCACAAUGGAUUCUGUGUCUUACCUUCCAACUGUAUUAUUUGGCAUAUAUAUGAGUUGGAUAUACUUGCGUUACUUUCAAAGGCGACCAGAAACAAGUCACAAGGGAGAUCCAAGUGAUGAUUUCUCAUUUUCAAGCUUCUUCCCUGAAUUCUUGCGGCCAGUAUUGGACCCCAUUGCUUCAUUAUUUCAUUGGGUUUUUUGUGGAAGAAUAUCUGAUAGCUCUGCUGAUACAAGAGGUGACACAUUAGAUGGAUCUCUGAUGCCCGGUUCUGAUUCAAUUGACGCGAUCAGAAGAAGGGUUGUAUGGUGUAUCAAACGAUGCAUGUAAUUGAUGACAUAGAUACUUAAUAGAUAUGUUCAUGGUACGCAUCAGAACAUUGUCACCGUAGAUACUAAUUCAGUGACCUGAUUCUG